UUUCUCCCUCCUUUCUCAUUACAUUCACAUAUAUAUACACCCAUUACCCUUCCUCUUCAAUUCAUCCCUUUGUGUCUCAAUCUUUAUCUCUCUAUCUCUCCAAAAAAAUCUCUCUAGCUAGCUCUUUCUUUUCUUUUAUUAAAAUUCAAACCAAUUUUGCUUUUACAAACCAAAUUAAAACCACUAGAAAAAAAAUGGAAAACAAUGUACCAAUAAUAACUAAGAGAGUAUGGAGCAUGAUACGUGUGGCCUUGUUCAUGUUAAGAAAAGGCAUAACAAAGGGAAAAUUGAUGAUGGAUCUCAACAUGAUGGUCAAACGCCGCGGCAAGCUUGCCGGAAAAGCCAUCACUAACCUUAUGUUCCACCACGGAAGCCACCGUUCCCACGUAGACUCACGCCUCUCUAGCACAAGGGAGUAUGAGUUUAGCUGCAGUAACACACCAAAUUACAAGUUUGCCCUUAACAACAAGCGUCACCGCAACAACAACUUUUUUACGUGUGCUCACGCUCCUCUCACACAAGACGAAGACAUUGUAACUGUUAAUGCGGUUAAGGCUGUGUUGGAGAAUAUGAUAAAUAAUAAUGAGGUGAUGGUGGAGGCUUCCCCAGCGCUUCCCGGGUUCGGACGUACGCCUAAGGUGAGGCAAUUGAGGGUUACUGACUCGCCCUUUCCAUUGAAUGACACCGACACGGAUGCCGAGGUGGACAAGGCUGCCGAUGCUUUCAUAAAGAGGUUCUACACUCAGUUGAUGAAGCAAGAUUGAGUCUUGUUUCAUAAUUUUCUUUCUUUAACAUUUAAUUAAUGUUAAUAAUUAUUCUUAUGAUCGUAAAGCUAGCUACUAGCAGUUUUGGAUAAUCUUGAGAAUUUAUGUCUUUGUGUAAGCUUAGGAGAGGAUGCAUAUUAUUAUGAAUUUAUGUUGAGGACUUAAUUUUGUAUGUUGGCUUGUAUUGCUUAUA